AGUUCAGAAGUAAAUAGUGGUAUUUCCAACUCACAAGAAUCGAGUGUGGUAUGGAAGUUUCCUUUGACGUAUCACUGACCGGCAGGUUGCGCGUUGAGGAACACGCGCAGAGGGUGGCGGCAUCACAUGGAAAAGUGGCACAUCUAUUUGUGCACGCUUGACCUGUGCUGGAAAAGUCUGAUGGAAACUUCGGAGGGGUGCUGCUUCGACAUUCUCUAGGUGGUAAAAAGCUCCUGUAUAUAAUGAAAAAGUGGUAUAUUCAAAUGACCGCACGCUAACAUUGAUUCAGUCUGGUUCAAACUGUCGAAAGGAUUUGUCGGAAAAGUGGACUCUUGGGAGAGUCCCACAUUGUGAAAACAGAAAAAAGGAUACUGUUCCAUUACAAGUGAAAGUGCGACAGUUUUGUUAUAUUUCUGGUAAACUGCCGGUGUGAAUUGCAAUAAAAAUGAAAUCUAAGUUUAUGGAUAACGUCAGAGCUAGAAUGAAUUCCUGUGGGACCGCCACAAUAAAAUAUCUACUGUUUGUCUUCAAUUUGGUAUUUGCGAUUUCAGGAUUGAUACUUCUAGUUGCCGGUAUUGUGGUGCUACUAGAUGUCAGCGAUUAUCAGCACUUUGUCGAGGAGAAACUGUUGGCGCCACCGGUUGUACUGAUAGUGGUCGGCGCUUUCGUCUUUCUAGUGGCAUCUCUCGGUUGUUAUGGCGCUAUCAAAGAAUCGCCAAAACUGCUCAAUGCUUUCGCCGUAUUCCUUCUGAUUGUGCUGCUCAUUGAAGUUGCCGUUGCGAUAGCUGCCGUUGCGUUCAAAUUUGAUCUGGAAAAUGCCCUUGAAACUCAACUUAAAAAAUCUAUUAUGCGUCGUAAUAGUGCUGACAUGUCUGCGUGGGAAAGCGUGCAGAAGCAAAUGAUGUGCUGUGGAAUUGAAGGACCCAAAGAUUGGUAUGACAACAAUAAUAGAACCAUGCCAGCUAGUUGUUGCAAGCCAGAUUUAAUCGACUCGGAAUCCAACGAUUGCAAGAACGCCCCGCCACUGUUUAUGGAUCGUUAUUACCAGAAAGGAUGUUUGAUGAAGCUGAAGGAGCAUUUCGAUAAGAAUGCCGUGGUACUCAUCGCCGUCGGUUUCGUUAUUUCGGGGCUACAGUUGUUAGGCGUCAUCUUUGCAUGCUGGUUAUCGGCGGCAAUCAAACGGGAUAAGCACUAAAUGAUACCGAAUAAGAUGGAUUGGAAUACUCCACGCAAUCAUGUACUGGUCCAGCGAGUCAACAUUUCUCCUACAGUACAAUAUGAGAAAUAAUUACAGUGAACUAAAAAAAUAUAAUCACAAAGAAAUGAGUAAUUCAAUUACAAUAAUAAACUGCCUCCUCCUUAAAUUCACAAUUAGUCGAGUAAAAGCAAUAAUAUGCUCAUCAUAAACCAGCACAAAUGUUGGAAAUGUAUAUUGAAAAAAACAAUUGUUUUACGUGUCAAGCGUUGUGUUACGUUGUGUUUGAUAUGGGCAUUCAGGCAAAAAUAAUAACUCUGUUAGAAAACUAUUAAAUAAAUACUACGAUAAUACGAUGGACAGAAUUAUACUAUUGCAUACACAGUUUUGCAUUUUGAAUUGUCGCAACGCUCAGUAAACUAGUUUUAUGAUAAUAAUAGACUUGUGACAACGAAUAUUCCAAUAAUUAUUGUUCCUUAAAGCAUAAGUUAACAUAAAUAAAGAGAGAAAUAAAAUUAAUUUAUCAAGAUUAGAAUAUUCUGUUAUUUCAGGUGAAUUUUACAUGUUUCAGUGUUGUCACUAAAACUACAAUUAGUAUUCUCCGAAGAAGGUCACUACCCGUCCAUUGAUGUACCUCACAACAUCUUACUAUUAGAUAGAACAGCAUCGACCUUUGAGGGUAAUAAUGAAGCAGUGCAUGUAAUUGACCUGGAACACGCAUAUUAUGCACAAUAUGGACUCAACAUUAUUAGAGCCCCCGCAGACUGCAGACUUUUAUUGGCCAAUGGUUUAAUCGGGUUGGCAUGCUUGUGUAAAAACCGACCAAACUGAAUCGGUGUAAUGUGCGCAUAUGAAUAUAUCUCCGUACUGAUUAAUAAGCCGACUAAACUAUCGGCCGACAAGAAGUGUGCAGUCUGCUGAGCUCUUAUAUACUCCGUUUCACAACUAUAGAACCACUCAUUUUUUCUGAGUUUCCAAAGAUAUAUAAGAAAUCGGUUGAAUUUAAGUAUAUAGUGUAGGAUAUAAUAACUAUCUUCAUUUAUAAGACUGGCCAUUUCAACUUUAUUGUUGUGUUCAAGCGCUAAACAUUUAAAAAACUAAAACUCCAGUGUUUCAUAUCUAUAGAAUCAGAUGGAAAAACACUCACUACUACUACAAACAGUUUCUAAUUCGUAUGUCAUCCUUAGUUCUCAAUCAAUUUAAAUAACCCAUUCGGGGUGGUUUCGACCAGGCUUCGCCAUGUUGUAGUGUGUAUCUCGUUCUACGCAGAGGAUACUGCUCGUUUAAGCUCUUCAAGUCCUUCAAUCUGCUUGUAAGCUGCAUCUAAAGGGUGUGUCACAUCAAAUUGCAUCACGGAAAAAACGCUGUAGAAAUUCGCC